UAAUAAUAGUGCAAAAUUAUUAGUAUUUUAAAGUGCACUGUUGCUAUUGGAAAAAUAUGAGAGUGAACAUUAUUUUUAACAGGUCUUAAGGAGUAUGAGAACCGGCUCUGUGGAACAUACAGUGGUGGUAACAAACGUAAGCUGAGUACAGCCAUAGCUCUGAUAGGGAACCCUCCUAUUGUUUUCCUGGAUGAACCAACAAGUGGAGUUGAUCCUCUGGCCAGGCGGAACCUGUGGACUGUGUUGACGUCAAUUCAGAAGUCUGGCCAGUCUAUAGUGCUUACUUCACACAGCAUGGAGGAGUGUGAAGCACUAUGUAACAGGUUGGCCAUCUUGGUUGAUGGACAGUUUGUGUGCAUGGGAGGUAUCCAGUAUCUGAAACAGAAAUUUGGUCAGGGCUUUACUGUGAUGGUGAAAGUGAGAGCAACUGAAACUGAUGAACACAUUGUACACAAAUUAAAAAGCAAGAUUGAAGACAGUUUCAAUUCUGGUUGUGUUCUUAAGGAUGAACAUGAGGGUUUGCUACACUAUCACGUAACGGAUCCAAACAUUCCAUGGAAAUAUCUCUUCACAACAAUGGAAGAAGUGAAGCAAGAUUAUGAUGUGGUGGAAGAUUAUACUAUAAGUGAGACAACACUGGAACAAGUAUUCCUAUCAUUUGCUAGGUUGCAGAAUUAGGUUCCUGACAUUACCAUUGAUUAAACAUCUGCACAGUAUUUUGUAAGCACAUCUUAUCAGCAGGGCUGUGGUAGCUAAUGCUGUUCACUGUUGCGUGUGUCUAAUAUUAUAUUACUUUUAACUUUCGUAAUAUACACCUUGGUUCUCCUCCACAGUAGGGCUUGUGCACAAAUAUUUUACAUGCUGUCUUGUUCCUGUCUGUUAAUGCUAAAACCUUGAUAGACAAUGAGCAUUUGCCUGUCAGCUUUGUGAUAAUUGUCUGUUGAGAAUUACAGACCUAAAAUAUUGACUUCAGAUCCCUUUUGCUGCUGUGGAAGAAAAAUACAAUGGUGUAAGUUGAAAUACACUUUAAAACAUUAUGUCUUGCUUUGUGGAAUAUUUUUCAGAUACAGCUUAUAAGACAUACUGCAGGAAAUUUCUAUUAAAAUUUUCAUUUCAUCAUCUUUUAUUCUAAAGGUGAUAAUAAUUAUUAGGGGUAGUCUCACAGUAAGUGCAAAAAUCUACCAUUAUUGUAUAUAGAAUCACUAGAUACAUAGUAAAUGCUGUUAAGAAGGAAUUUGUCUAUAUUUAAAUUCAGAAGUUGAAUAAAGUUUCAUCUUAUCAGACUGAAAGCACUGGCAACUGUCAUUUGUAUUUCAUGUGUUGACGACAAAUUUUUGACAUCUUCUGUAACUAAUUAUUUUAUUAGAAUUUUUAUGGGAUGUAGAAGCCAGUUGUUAUCUUAAAGCGCCAUGGUGUACUAGAGGAGUGGGGUAUAGUGCAGACAAGUCAAGAGAGCAAACAGGCAGGGACCAUUGUUGUACUGUUAUUUAUUUUUUGUACCUGUAAUAAAUACAUAUAUAUGAACAAUU